GUUUGGUUUACACCGGUGCUCGAAGUGUUCUGGUGUUUGAGCGAGAACUAUCUAAGAAAAUCCAAAUUAAUCGUAAAAACCGUAAGGGAUCCUUGCUUCUUUAUACUCAGAAAGAUGGCUGCAAUGCCUCUUCAAGCUCGUCCACAGGGUAUUACCUUCGAUGAAUAUGGCAGACCAUUUAUAAUUUUGAAAGAACAAGAUAGGCAAACGAGGUUGACAGGGCUCGAUGCACAGAAGGUGAUUCUCGAAUAAUGACAGUCACAUGCGUGAAAUUGAUUUGAUUUCCACCUCGUUCAUCCCAUUGAUUUUUUUCUUUUUUUAAAUCUCUAGUCUCACAUUUUGGCGGCAAAAGCUGUAGCUAAUAUUCUACGCACUUCUCUGGGGCCGAAAGGUAUGAAACGUUUAAGCUACACGAACAUCACUUGCAGCUGUCAUUCGAUUCGACUGGGCUGAUUUUUACAUUUUGUCAAACUCCGUCAAAGAAUCAGACGAACUCCUCUUCGCCAUCGUCUCUUUAGAGAAAUGGGAAGUCCCCUAACUCAGCUGUAAAUUGAACAGUGUUCUACGAUGAAUGCCUGGUAGUCACGCUAGUAGUAAACUCGUGUACAGUACAUGUGUACUUGACUUACCCUUGUAGUUCUGGUGUAUGCGCUUUGAAAAUCAUUUCUUUGACAAUCUUCGAACUUGUUACAUUUCUCGCGAACACCAAACAGUGAUUUAACACAGCAAUACCACUCCUGUGCUUUAUGAGAGCAUCAAACCACACAGAUGCAUAAAGCAGUUGCAAUCAGUUAAGCUUUACUACUACUACUACUUUAAUACAAGAACACUUUUUUAAAAGAUAGCCUAGCUUUUUAAAUUACCCACUGCUGAUUCUUAUGAAAUGCAUAUUUUGGUUAGCCUCCUCACUCAGCUAGAUUCUAAAGGUAUUUUUACAAAAUAUAGGUAAAAAUGCAGCACAAAAACAACACCCCUGUAAACAAGUCAGUAUACAACUUAUUUGCAACUGGGUGUUGUGUUUAUAUGACAGCAACUUUUCUUGACUUAAAUUUACAAAGGAUUGUAUCACAGGCAGAAGGGUGACCCACUAAUUUAUAUAGUGGGGCACACAAAGUGUAAGAUAUCUUCCCCCACCCUACUGUCAGACCCCUUUCCAUAUUUCACUGCUUAAGUGCUCUUGAAUCAUAGCCAUGGUUGCUGAAGAGGCAACAAGCCCUAAAACACUGUGCAUCUUUUAGACCGAUAUCAACUUUUCUCGUAUAAUUUCUCUCAAUGAGUUAUGUGAUUUCAUAGGCAUGGACAAAAUGAUGGUGAGCCCAGAUGGAGAUGUUACAGUAACCAAUGAUGGUGCCACCAUUUUGGACAUGAUGCAGGUGGAACAUCAAAUAGCUAAACUGAUGGUUGACUUGUCAAAAUCACAGGAUGAUGAAAUUGGUGAUGGAACAACAGGAGUUGUAGGUAAGAAUACCAGAAUUUCAAAGUGAAGGCUUCAUUUGUUGUUAAUCUUGUCUAGCCUGAAAUACAAUAAUAGUACUGUCACAAAUGGUAGGAAUUGAAGAGUUUAGUAAUUAAAAUUAACCCCCCCUCACCCUAAUAUCAUUAUGCAUAUUCUCCAUACUGUUCUCUAUGUAUUUCCUAAGGUGCUGACAAGGAGAAUUUGUUUAACAAUCCAGAGUUUUUGUAGGUGUCAUAUCCUUUAUUCUCAUGACCUUAAUGUGUGAAUUGGGGCUGAUAUUGUAAGGAGAAAAAAGGUGUAAGUCACUCUUAGGAGUCCAAAAUGCUGAAAACUUUGCUUGGAAGCUUUCAAGUGCAGCUUUACCUCAGUGCCAUGGUCAGAGUGUUUUAAUCACAGAAAAGUGUGGUUGAUUUGUUAUUUUGCGUUACAUCUGUCUUGAUAGUUCUUGCUGGAGCUCUUCUUGAACAAGCUGAACAGUUGUUGGACUGGGGAAUUCACCCUAUAAGGAUUGCUGAUGGUUAUGAGCUGGCUGCCAGAAUAGCAAAUGAACAUCUUGACAAGAUUUGUGACAGCUUUCCUAUUGACAAAAGCAAUCCAGAAUCUCUUAUUCAGACUGCCAUGACAACAUUGGGAUCUAAAAUGUAAGUAUGAUAGUACAUAUGUCAGGGUCAUUUGCAGCAAAGCAAAAUAAUAUUGUAGACACAGAACAUGUAUUUUAUUUUUUAACUGCCUACAAUAGUAUUUGUUUUCUCCUAUAACCAGGGUUCAAAGUUAGUUGUUAAAACCAAUCAUCUUCUAAUACCUCUUCCCCCCCAAAAAAAAAGAAAAAAAGAAAAAAAACACAUCACCACAUUUUCUUGAGAAACUUACCCCUUCAAUUCAAAAUAAACUUUGGUUGCACCCCUCAAUACCCUGCCCCCUUAAAAAUAUUGUCUCUUAUAUACCUAGGGAGCCAUCAACAAAAUUUGACAAUAUGCACAUACAUAAUAAUUAUCAGUGCUCCAAGUUGCGAUCAUUUUGGUCACCAUGGUGUGAAGUUGACCAAAAUUUUUUAAAGGCAACCAUUUUACAAUUGAAUGUUGCCAAUAGGCAUCUUUUUGGAAAAUUGAUUUUUGAACCCUGGUCAUGAAAGAAAACAAAGGCUUUUGCAGGCAGUUAAAAAAUAUGAUACAUGUUUUACAUCCAACUGGGAGCACCGAUAAUUGUAUGUGCAUGUUGUCAUAUUUUGUUGAUGACUCCGAAGGUAAAUGAGAGACAAUAUUUUUGAGGGGGGGGGGGUUGGGGGUGCAAACAAAGUUUAUUUUGAAUAGAAGGGAUUAGUUUCUUCAGAAACUGUGUUGAUGUGUUUUUUUCCCUUUUUCCUGGGGAAGUGGGAGGGGGGGGGUAUUAAGAGAUGAUUUGGUUUAAUCAACUGAGUUGACUGUGUUAAUUGGUCAUUGUAAAGAGUUUUUAAAACUAUUUAUGGGGGCCAAUUCACAUUAUUUAUCAACUCACUCGAUAGAACCAAAUGAUGACGUUUAUGGGCGUUUCUGAUACGUACUGCUUCAAUAAACAGACUUAGCAUUUAGUAAGUAUUUUCAAGGGGUAAGAAAUGUAACCCUCAGUAGUUUAUAGACAUUUUUCGAUAUACGUGACAUACAUGCAGGGUCACCCUGUAGUCUGUAUAAACUGUAUGGAAGAUGCAAUUGCUUGGUGGCCAAAUGAUUAAUUUGGUGAGCUCAGGAUCUGCCUGUUUACGUGACUGUCUGAUCAUGGUAGCUCUUUUCUUCGUUUGUUUUAGUGUUAGCAGAUGUCAGAGGAAGAUGGCAGAAAUUGCAGUGGAAGCUGUUCUGUCUGUGGCAGACUUGGAAAGAAAAGAUGUAGACUUUGAAUUAAUUAAGAUGGAAGGGAAAGAAGGUGGAAAGCUGGAGGACACAAUGUUGGUUAAAGGAGUUGUUGUGGACAAAGAUAUGAGCCAUCCUCAAAUGCCAAAGGUACAUUGUGUUGCUACAAACCCAGAAACACAUGAUCUCCUUCAUCAAAGUCGGUUAUAUACUCUGUGUAAUAGGGUACUUGGGUACUUUGUGUCAAUCUGAACUACGUAUGUAAAUAUUUUGUAGCUGAACUUGCUUUACUGAGGUAGGGGAAGCUUGAAAACUUUCCAGAAUGAGUGGAAAGAUUGAAAUGAUUGCAACAAUUGAAUAACUCCAAUCACAAGUUGUUAUCUCCAGAUAAAUUGCUAUAUUUCUUCCACUACAACUGGAAUUUACACUUAACCCAAUGACCCUCACCCUGUGCUUUUUUACUCCUUGAAGUGACAUUUAAACUCCCUUUACAAUAUCAAAAUGCUUCCCAACACCAAGGGGUGUAAUCCUGUAAGAUCUCUGAGAUUGCAUUAGUAAUUCCCCUUACUGUUGUUAGUUUGGAGAAUUUUUUAUUGGAUGAACUUCUAAUCCCCUUAUUGAUAUUUCUCUUUCCUCUCAUCACUUCUAUGCUUAAUAUUGCAUUUAUGUUGUAAGGAGAAAGUCUGUCUUGGUCACUUGUUGCAAUUAACCCUUCAACUCUCAUAAGUGAUUAACAUUCAACUUCUCCCCAUAAUAUUCAUACAUUAUACAGCAAACAGGUAAUGAGAAUACUCAAAAUGAUCAGGUAGAAGUUGCUUUCUUGAUGUAACACCAAAUUCUUCUUAACCAAAUUGCAAGGAAAUGCAUAAAAGCUCGAAGGGAGAAUCAACAAUCACAUCUUGGGAGUUAAAGGGUUAACUUAUUUACAAAUAUGUAGCAGCUGGUGGGGAGAGUUACCAGUCAGAUCUUGGGAGAAGAAAGUAUGCAGUUCUGGAACUGCUCUUGUGUCUUACAGGUCAUCAAAGAUGCUAAACUUGCUAUUUUGACCUGCCCGUUUGAGCCGCCCAAGCCAAAAACAAAGCAUAAGUUGGAUGUGACUUCUGUAGAAGAUUAUCAAAAACUGCGAGAGUAUGAGAAGGAGAAAUUUGAAGAAAUGGUUAAACAAGUAAAGGAUACAGGUGCCAACCUGGCCAUAUGUCAGUGGGGUUUUGAUGAUGAAGCUAACCAUCUUUUACUGCAAAAUGAGCUGCCUGCUGUCAGAUGGGUUGGAGGACCUGAAAUAGAGGUAAUUAUUUUGUUCUGUGCAGUGCUGCUUGAUCCUAGUUACAGCUUCUGUAGCUAGCUGGAAAUUUCCAAAAAUGUGGCUAUCCACAUACAGGGAGUGGAGGGGAAGUCAGACAAAAUAUCAGAACAUAUUAUGACCAACUAAGCCACAAACUUAAAAGGAUAAUUUGGUAUUAUCAAAUGAGUGUAAGCCCUUUAUCAGAGUGAAUGAAUGGUUAAUGAGGGGCUGAUGAGGGGCUAACACUUGAAAUGUCAGCUUUUUAAACUCUAAUUAGUGGCCAAUUUACGUUAUCAAAUCAGUUAAAUGAAUACCAAAUUACCUUGUUAUACUCUCCCAUCAACACAGCACCACAGUUUCUUUAGAAACUAACCUACUUUAUUCAUAAGCCACAAACUUGCUGCCUUAGCCUGUUGGAAACGAACACAAAGUUUGUGUCAUAGAUACCCAUCACUUAUCACAACACCACAAUCCACUGUUACAUUUAAAUUACAUCUGAUUGAACAGAUCAUUGUCAUUUGCCUUUCCUUGCAAUUGUGAACCCUUUACACCCUUUCAUCAGUAUACAUAUUCUCCAUACUGUUCUUGAUACAUUUUUUGUGGUACUGACAAUGAGAAUUUGUUAAACAAUCAAGAGCUUCCUAAGUUGAUGAAAAUUUCCUUAAUUCUGAGGACUUCUAUGUUUACUGUGAUAUUGUAAGAGGAAAUUAGAAACCAGUCACUAUUAGGAGUGAAAGGGUUAACACACUCUUCAGGUAGUGUACAGCAGAAUAAGGCAAUGCAUCACCUGUUUAUCUGAUGUACAUAGCCUCACCAUUUUGUUGCGAUAUUCAAUGUCUCCUUCCAAGUUGCAAGUUAGAUUUUCCCUCAGUUACACCUCCUUGAAGGUUAACUUGCAUCAUGUCCAGGACUUAGCUUACUUGUGUCUCAGUGGAUAGAGCAUGAAAACAUAUUUGUAGGUCAACAAUGAUUGCUACAGACUAUUCUGAUUUCUCUCCUCAGCUUAUUGCAAUUGCAACUGGCGGAAGAAUAGUUCCUAGAUUUUCUGAACUGACAGCAGAUAAACUUGGCAAAGCUGGCCUGGUGAAAGAGCUCAGUUUUGGAACAACCAAAGAUAGGAUGUUAGUUAUUGAAGAAUGCCUCAACUCCCGAGCUGUUACAAUCUUCAUCCGUGGAGGAAACAAAAUGGUACAGUAGUGUUUUAUAUUAUUGGAAUGCCUGUACUUGUAAAUGUAUCCCUCUUUGUUACUGUGAAGUCAAUUUUUUUAUUUUGUCAGCUCCUUUGACAUGUAAUAAAUAACAGUAAACAAUGUGCAUGUUAUGCUCACUAACAAGUUAACAGGAAUGGACUAAAUUUGUUUUCUUCUUACAGAUCAUCGCUGAGGCUAAAAGAAGCAUGCAUGAUGCAUUGUGUGUUGUCAGGAAUCUUGUGCGAGAUAACCGUGUUGUGUAUGGUGGAGGUGCAACUGAGCUUGCAUGCUCCUUAGCUGUCACCAAAGAGGCAGAUAAAGUAAGGGGCUUAAAGAAGCUUUAAUAGAUGGGUUAGAACGAGGUGGCAAACUUCAGAGUGAAAUCAUGGCUGUACGUUGGAGUUUUACUAAAGUUUUAAAGGAUCAUUGAUGAAUCAGGCUUCGCUCAUAGCCCUUAUAUUUUGUAUGAUUUGCUGAUGUAGUCUACUGACAAAUUGAAUGCAUCCAUGAAGCUAGAACGGCUCUAUCUUUUAUGACAAAUAGGUCAAGUUCGUGCAAUUUUUAGGUAUAAAAACACAAUUAAGACAAACAGUAGCCUUUGAACCACAGCUAUGGCACCUGCCCUGUGGUUACACAACUAUUGUACUGUCAAGCUUAUUGAACAAUUGUUAACCCUUAACACUCUAUUAAACAUCAGCACACUUGCUCUCCUUACUGUUCUGCAUACAUUUCCUAUGGUGCUGACAUGGAGAAUAGUCCAUUUUACAGUUGCGUGCUUGGUUGCCAAGCCUUUAAACAGGAGUGAGGCUAAGGAUGACCUUGUUAUGAUGCAAUCGUUGCUGCUUUUCAAAUGUAAAUUACUUUGUUAGAAUGCUAUCUAGAUACUGUUCUCUAUCACAACAAGGUCACCUUCAGCCUCACUCCAAAUCAAAGGCAUGGCAACUGAGUACACAACUGUUAAAAUGACCAAUUCGUUGAACAUUAUCAAGAGCUUCUGAACUUGGUGAUCAUUUCCUUUAUUCUCCUGACCUUCAUUUGUUUGCUUCAGGGGUGAUAUUGUCUACAGCGAUUAGAUCCUGGGCACUCCCAGUGGUCAAAGGAAUAAUGUUAAACUGUUGUUUCCUUAGAUAUCCACGCUUGAGCAGUAUGCUAUGAGAGCAUUCAGCGAUGCCUUAGAAGCCAUACCUCUUGCACUGGCAGAGAAUUCAGGCCUGAACCCAAUUCAAACUGUAGCCAGUAUUAAAUCCAGGCAAGUCGCUGAAGGCAAUCCCAGACUUGGUGUUGACUGCAUGGAUGCCGGAAUUAAUGGUAGGUAGCUUUUUUUAAUCCAACUAGAUUCGCCACUGUCGUUGCAAAAUGGCCUUUCCUCUCCCCUAUUGUAAAGGGUCUGUGCAGGGAAAGUAAUUACGUAUAUUUGUAACAACCAUGCGAUUGUCUCAACAACGAAUUUUGUUUCAAACCAAAUCUAUAGAAAGGAAUAGAAAACUAAGUGUAUUUAUCAAUUAUUCGCCGAAGGUGAAGCAAACAUUGUUAAAUCACCCCUGGCACGAAGUCGAGGGAUUAUUCAGCAAUGUUCAAUAGUAUAAUUGCUCAAGUGCUUGACUCAUAUCCUUUUGUAAAUUCAACAAAUAAAGAAAGCAUUUUGCAUACUUUGUUACAAUUGUGGUGAUUACCCAUAUCAAUAUAAACAAGGAGUCUCAACAAGUUAAUUAAAUUCAAUCUGUUAUAAAUUCAUAUCUUUCUUUUGAAGUGUCUCGCCAAACUCAAUGUUCUCUUCGUAAUUGAAUGAUCUUCUAUCGCGAUUAACCCUGUUUUGAAAUUUAGUGUCCCUGCUAUAAUCACCUCGCGCAAGGUGAUUAUAGCGAGAUAUGAGGCAAUCCUCGACCAAUCAGAGCGCGCGCAUUUCUUUAAUUACCCGAGCAACUUUACUAUUGAUAAUUAGACUGGUUUGACUAAUGCAAUUAACUCACAAUUAUGCUGACACAUUCCCGGUCUUAAACUCUUUUCGUAGAUAUGAAAGAACAACACGUGAUUGAAACGCUAAUUGGAAAGAAACAGCAAAUAAGUCUAGCCACCCAACUUGUAAAGAUGAUCCUUAAAAUCGACGACAUCAGGACGCAAGGAGAAUCGUGACACCCUGACUUGGCUAGCUUGCGUGACAUCUGAGUGUGACAUACGAUUGGUGGGCAAGAAUCACACUGGUGU